AUGGUUGAAUAUGAUUGUAUUGUCAUAGGAGGUGGACUUUCAGGUCUACAGUGUGCCUAUACUCUAAAGAAACAAGGUCAUUCUGUACUUGUACUUGAAGCUAGAAAUAGAUUUGGAGGUAGAACUGAAUCAUUAAAGGUAGAUGGAUAUUGGUUCGAUCUCGGUGGUCAGUGGAUGGGUGGAACUCAUAAGCAUUUGAAGGAGAUUUGCAAAGAGAUCGGUGUGGAGACAUUCGACCAGUACGACGAGGGCAAACAUGUCUUGGAGUUGAACGGAAAGCGUGUCUACUACCAAGGAAAUAUUUCAAAGCUCAACACCGACUACAAUUUGGAGGGACUUGAAGAAACGAUUGCAAUGAUCGAUAAAUAUGCUGACACUAUCGAUGUUACUGCGCCACACAAGCAUCCAAAAGCAUCGGAAUGGGAUCACCAAACGGUUGCCCACUGGACCGAGAAGAAUGUAAAGGGUAAGGAUGCCAAGGGUAUCAUCGAUUGGUUCGUCAGAGUUUGCUUGGCUGCCGAUCCAACCGAGAUUAGCUUCCUCUGGUUCCUUUUGUUCAUUAAGACCGCCGGAUCCUACAGUUUGUUGGCCGACAUUAGAGGCGGUGCGCAAGAGAAACGUAUGAUUGGUGGUUCCCAACAGAUCUCUGAGAGAUUGGCAGAGAAGGUUGGAUUGAAGAACUGUAUUCUCAAUGCACCGGUAAGAGCUAUCUACCAAGAUGGUGCUGGCGUUCAAGUCAAAACCGAGAAGUUGACUUACACCUCGAAAUAUGUGGUCGUUACCGUUCCACCUGCUUUGGCCGGAAGAAUCGAGUAUCGUCCACCAAUGCCUGCAACUCGUGACGACUUGACUCAGCGUUUACCAAUGGGCUCCGUUAUCAAAACCAUUGUGAUCUACGACGAGCCAUUCUGGAGAAAGGAUGGUUACUCUGCUGAGGCACUGAGCGAUCUCGGACCUAUCUAUAUCUGCUACGACGACAGUUCACACGACGACAAGAAGACUGCAAUCGUUGGAUUCAUUGCUGGAUUGCCAGCCAAGCAAUGGGCAUUGAAGACAAAGGAAGAGAGAAAGCAAGCCGUACUCGACUGCUACGCGAGAUGGUGGGGACCAAAGGCAUUGAAGCCACGACACUACCUCGAGAAGAUUUGGAAGGAUGAAGAAUACUCGCGUGGAGCAUAUCUUGCCUAUGCUGGUCCAGGUGUGCUCGAUGGUUGCAACGGUGCAUUGCGUGAGCCAGUCGGAAGAAUUCACUGGGCUGGCACAGAGACUGCCAAUGUUUGGAUUGGAUAUAUGGAGGGUGCACUCGAAAGUGGUAUUAGAGCUGCUGGUGAAAUAGAUAAUAGAUUGAAAUCUUCAAAACCCAAAUAUUAA